AUGCCGCGUUCGCAGUACGAAAGGCGGGAUGACGUUACUUUCACUCGAAAGAUCGUGGAGGUCGAGGACGAGGACGAGGAUAAGGAUAACAAUAGCAUCCAAACCCCAGUCAAACCACUCGAAGCCACCUCCCCGCCGGCCGCCGCCCCGACGCAGACCGAAUGCCCACAUACAGGGCCCGACCCAGCAAACGGGGCAGCGGCCGCUGGUCCCGAACCUGCAACCCCUCCUCCACCCAGAUACCCAGACGGCCGUACGAACGAGAGGUUAGGCCGCCGAGACACAACGAGUUCUCCAGCUACGGCAUCAUGCAAAGACAAACCUGUUCGCGGCACGAAAGAUCCUGCCAUUUCCCAGCCAAAAGGCCCUGCGACGCCUGCGAGUUCAGACCCGACUCUGUCAUGCUCGACACCCGGGAGCAAUGCCGGAGAGUUGCCCAAUGACACAGCGGCGGAUCUAGAAAGUUCCAACAGACCGGCGAGCCCGCCCGCGACAUUGUCGGACUCGUCGAACGGAAAAGCAUCAAAUACCGAGGUCGACCCCGUGGAUAGCGGCCAAUCCACAGGCGAUGGCCCGACUCCGAGUAGGAAAAGGCCGCGCCCGGAGUAUGUGGAAGUCGAUGGGAAUGACGAGGGUGGAAUCGGGCAGCAUCGACGGAAGCGGAGGACUACAGAUGGACGGCCCGAUAAUUUAUCGCAAUCACCCACCUAG